AUGUUAACUCUUAUCCUAUGGAGUCUCCUAGUCCCUCUUGGACUCUUCUGUCUCUACACGGCCUUCCUUGACUUCAAUCGUGAUGUGCCUCAUGAAUAUCUUGAGCAACAGACUUUACUUGAACAAACGAGACAACCAAACGAGCUGGCCAUCCACAAAUCCCCGAAACUCGACUAUUCAACUGGCUUGCGUAUUGGUCUUGGUAUCCGAUAUGAUAGCUACAAGCUCAGAAAUGGUAAUUUGAACGAUAUCUGGGAGAUUUUGGUGGCACACCAUGGCUCGUCAAAGGAGGACACGAUUGUUGUGAACGGCGACUCAAUUCGAAUUUCCCAGUUAAACUAUGUAGUGUGCAAAAUAUCAGAAUGUCUUAAGUCUUUGACGGAUGUUCUGGAAGUGGCUAUACCUGUGUCAUUGUUCAUGGUCAACAAAUUUGCAUUUGCAGUGGCCACAGCUGCAUUUUUGGCUCAAGUCCCGGUGCAUGUCUAUGAAAGCGAUGCUAAACAGCAUUUGGAUAACAGCGCUAUAGCAUUUUCGCAGGAAGGAAGCGCGGCACUUUUGAAACGGCUCCCGGAUGAUUCGUUGGUGCUCGAUCUACAAGAGUUUGAUUUUUUAACAGACAAACCGGAUUUUGAAAACAACUACUCCGUGGAGAAGGAUCGAGGCAUAGCAUUGAAGUUAUCUACUCGUCUUAAUCAUAAGGUCAUUGCAUUGACUUCAUUUACACAACUCAAUUUGAUCUCUGCCGUGGCCAGUUGCAUUAAGCACCUACCUCCUUCUAAACAGAUCGGGCCUCAUGACCGCAUUGUGAUCAGCCAGGACCACAGUACCCCGGAGAGCAUAUUGAACGAAGUGGUCAAAGUCUUGGUCCUGUUUGUCAGUGGUGCUAGCUUAGUUCUCACUCAAGAAGAUAAUUUUAUGGUUCACAAGCCAACAAUUCUUGUCGCCAGCUCUCCUGAAAUACAGAAAUUGGGCUCCGCGCAAAUUACAGGGCUUCUGUACUACCACCGUCUUUACUCACUUUCAAGAUUACGGUUCUCUCCUCUUGCGUCUUCCUCUGGGUUAAGACUUAUCUAUGUUCAUCGCGACUGUAGCACCGGGAAAUACACGAACUGGAACCAUCUCCGGGCUGCUCUAGGCGUCAACAUUGUGGAAGAGGUUGGGCACUUCAAUGUUGCCGGCCCAUUCCUUGUGACGGAUUACUACGACUACCGUACGUUUCUGGAGAAAUUGGCCAGCCAGGUUGCUGCAUCAGGAGGAAUUUGCCAGGCUAAUGAAAUCAAGUUGUUGGAAUUCGACGCCACACAAUCAGGUGCUUUGGCGCUUCGUGGAUACAAUAUUGGGAAAGCGGUCACGAUCAUGGAGGGUGUUGGACAAACCAGAGUCACACCAGAUGCUUCUGGUUUUUUCAGGCUUCCAUUCAAUUGUAGAUGGGGUCUGGAUGGCUGCUUGUACGUCCUAAAAAGGACUGUCUAG